AUGUCCGCUCUGAGGAUCCUCGUGCCCGUCAAGCGGGUCAUUGACUAUGCUGUCAAACCCCGGGUCAACAAGGCGCAGACCGCCGUCGAGACGGCCGGCGUCAAGCACUCGAUGAACCCGUUCGACGAGCUGUCGGUGGAGGAGUCGGUGCGGAUCCGCGAGAAGAAGCGAGCCCCCGGCGGCGUGGAGGACAUUUGCGCCGUCUCGGCCGGCCCCGCCAAGGCGCAGGACACGCUGCGAACCGCCAUGGCCAUGGGCGCCGACCGCGCCAUCCACGUCGAGGUCAAGGAGGGCGACGCCGACCCGGAGCCGCUCACCGUCGCCAAGCUGCUCAAGAAGGUGGCCGAGGAGCAGAAGAGCAACCUGGUGAUUCUGGGCAAGCAGAGCAUCGACGACGACGCCAACCAGACGGGCCAGAUGCUCGCCGGCCUGCUGGGAUGGCCUCAGGCCACGCAGGCCAGCAGGGUCGAGUUUGGCGAGGGCGACAGCGUCACCGUGACCAAGGAGAUUGACGGCGGGGUGGAGACGGUCCGCGCGAAGCUGCCCAUGAUCAUCACGACCGACCUGCGCCUCAACGAGCCGCGGUACGCGAGCCUGCCCAACAUCAUGAAGGCCAAGAAGAAGAAGCUGGACAAGAAGACGCUGCAGGACUAUGGGCUGGAGAACGAGAGGCGGCUCAAGGUGCUGAAAGUCACGGAACCUGCGCCUCGACAAGGGGGCGGCAAGGCCGAGGACGUGGAUGGGUUGAUUGGCAAGUUGAAGGAGCUCGGGGCGCUGUAG